GCGCUCGGUCAGCCGAGACUACUUGUGCCAAGUGUAUCUGCAACCGAUCCCGAUUUGUCGAGCCGGUAUUAACGCGACGUCUCGCUUCUUCCACGCGGCCGUGUCGAACCAGGAAUUUCAGUGAAGUGUUUCCUUAUUAUUCCUGCCAAUCGUUCCCCUCCCCCGCUCUCGUCGUUUCCCCGCAUUCCCGCUGAUCUGCACGCGCCUCCACACCGAUCCUCUUCGCGAGAGUUUAAAGCAUCGCACCGGGAGAGCCGCGAAAUCUUGUGGGACCCGAUCAAAUCGAAUCGAGCACAAUUAACGAUAGAGUGCCGUCCAUCCGGGAAUCGAAGGUAAUUUCAUCGGAUGCCAGGCGUCCAGCGGGGAAUUCGACGGAGAGGUACAGCGGAACGCGAGUCGUUAUCGAUCCGCUCUGCCGGCCGGGUGGAAUAAACGGAAAGCUCGUUCAGAAAUAUUGAAGUGAAGAAACCGAAGUGUCCGGGCGGAGAAGGAAAGUGUGGUGCGUUGAAAACCGUCCGGGAACCCACGAGAGCCGGAUUUAUUGUGACCGAUUAACGGGGGAAAAAGAGCCGAGGAGAACAGUGCCAAUUGGAAAGUGUUGGAUUAUUUAAACUAGAGAAAGGAAGGGAACGGCGAGUUCGGUCGGCCAGGAUCUAUCCGUUUCCGCGAGAAAAAGGGGAAAAGGAAAUCCAUCGAUCUGGGUUCUGUGCUCGUGUAAUGAAUUAAUUACUUCGAUGGACACGUGUCGAAGAUAAUCGCACGUAGCUCGCCUAGGACCGCCAACUUCUAAGUUUGUAUGAGUUAACAUAAUUCAUCGAUCUUCAGACAGCAAGCUAAACAAAAAGGUAUUCCGUCCACACGAAACGUUUUGACCAGGAGUAUUCAGCACUUAAGAGGAUAACACAUUGCGGUAGUUUUAUUGGGGGUCUAAACCAUAACUUUCCUUAGGAUAAUGCGAAGUCUGGAGAGGUUAUCAGGUAGCGAUCAAGACUGUGAUCAGGAGAUGUAUAUCGACCUGGACGACGCUUCCGUCGAUUCGCUUACCGGAAAACGAAGUCGACAUCAUGUGGUUGGCACAGAGGUCGGCGAGGAGAGUGACAGUAGUGGUAGUGAAAGAAGCCCGAAACAAGCGAAAAGGAGAAAUCGUGGAGGACCACCAACUACGAGGAGACGAAAAAGUGGGAUUUCCGCACGAGAAAGGAACCUCAGAAGGCUUGAGAGUAACGAAAGAGAAAGAAUGAGAAUGCAUUCCUUAAACGAUGCUUUCGAGCAACUGCGCGAGGUAAUACCGCAUGUAAAAAUGGAAAGGAAACUCAGUAAGAUAGAGACGCUCACGUUGGCCAAGAAUUACAUAAUGGCCCUGACAAACGUCAUAUGUGAAAUGCGCGGUGAAGAGCAACCAUAUACGUUCGUCGAUGGAGAGUGUGGCUCUAGUAGCGGCGACAGCACAGGUCAGCUAGAAUUAAGCGGCGGUGAGCAACCGGAAGAAGCAUCCCCGGCAUCGAUGCACGAGACCAAUAACAAUAGCCUGCUGCACGAAGACUUGGAGCGCAGGAUACCGUAGCUCGCGUAAUUAUUCGUAAAGCCUGGCCGAGCCUCGUUGGUAAAACUCGUGCUUGUGUACAUGUGAUACGGCGGAUCCGUGAAAAAUCGGUUGUUCCGAACAACGUUUUGCAAAGAACAAAUAAGCAAAUCUCUAAGAAGAAAGAAAAGAGGGAAGGAAGGAAGAGCAGUCAGAGUUCAAGAGUUUAUCGAACCAUGUGAAAGAAGAAGGGGACCAACGAAGUAUCGUCAGGACUGCUGACGCGAAACUGUUGAAAAACUGUUCGAGACUUAUCGAAGAAGAUGCAAUUCGGCUUCUACGAAAUGAUCCGUCCAAGGUCAACCUCUGGAGAUCUUUUGAAGGCCAAUGAGAUGCAAGUUUGGUACAGAAUAAAAAACAAAGGACAGACUUUAUGGCCAGUUAAGCUGGAGAGUUCUUUCCUUUCUUUUUUUUUCUGUUUUAUUUUACCACUUUUCGGGUGACACGGACUGUUGGUCCUUGAGACAUCUCGAUUUUUUAGUCAAAAACUAUGUCAGCAUUAAACGGUUUUUAUUGCGCUCGCGUGGACCAUUAAUUGCCGUGAAUUUACAUUUCCUUUACAUAAUUGAAGCGAAUACGUCCGUCACUUGUCAAUGGUAAACGAACUAAUUAGAAUAACGCAAUAAUUUCAUCGUUUCUUUCUUUUUCUUUUUUUUCUGAUGCUUUACAUUAAUUGUUUCUAAAUUCGAAUGUUUCAAUUGGUUCGAUUUCGAAAGAUCUCAAGGUCGGCACCGAUAGAUCGGAUCGCAUCGACAACGAUAACGAUCAGUGUGACGCAGAAGUGUGAAAAACUGUGAUAAAAUUUCGUAUUAGAACCUUCGUUGCACAUCGCCCUGCGCGUGACGUCGUGCAAAAUACUUUUUUUUGUAUUUCCUGUUGUUAUGAUUGUCUAUGGUGAAUAAAUCGGAAAUACCGGUGGGUAUAUGGAAACGUUCGUCGCAAAGAGCGUCCGUAGAGAAAUGUCGGGCAGUCGAAUCGAAAAUUUAAACGAAUCGACGAACGCUGUUCGAUGAAAAGGCAAGAAAAAUCGAGGUGAAUAUGGUCGCCGUUAAAAAAAAACCGGUUCGCUCGGUGAGAUUCGAACAUUAAGCGGAUCACAAUCCCGGAAACUUGUCUAUCGAUUCGCUGGCACAAUUGUUGAGCACUGUGUGUAACUGAAAAAAUAACUAAUAUAUUUUAACGAGGAGUACAUUAUUUUUUAAUGCCGUUCAGACUGUAUUUAAUUGAGAUUAGAAAUUGUAUGAAAGUGUUUGUCGAAAAAUCAUACGAAACAUCCAAGAAGAACAGUAUAAAUUACACCACGUGUUAACGAUAAAUGAUUAGAAGUAUGAUAUUAAAUAAAGUGUUCGUUUAACGUUUCAAUCGAAUCAAAAGGAUCGGUCGUAAGUAUAUCUCGGAAAAUGGAUUUUGAAGGAUAACGCGCAUCUUAGGCAUGUACAUGUAUCUAUACAAUAAUAUAAAUAUACAUGUGUGUAUUUUUACAGACGUAUAUUAUUGUAUAGAUACAAAAUACGUAUAUACACGUGUAUUAACACAUUAAUGAUUAUUAGAGUAGCUAUUAAUCAUGAAUGUGAUAAUAUUACCUCUGCUGUAUCAUCUCAAGAAUGGGGACCAGAGACAUCGAUUUAAGUUACCAGAUCCUGCACAUUACAUUCAGAUCGCGCGCGUGUGCGCGCACACGCAUAGAACGUCUAGCUUCGACGGAUCGACGGAUCCGCGAAGUUUGCGCCCAUCUUUUCGACAAAAACAAAAGGGACAAUGCAUUUAACAGAAAGGUUGACGCUCAGAGCUAGACGUGUACGAGUUUUAUUUCGUUGUACUAGUGAAUUUUUAUAUUUUUUAUCGAUCGUUUACCUUAUAAACGCUUUCCUUUUCUUUUUCGUUCUUAAUUCGCUUCCUUUCAAAUGUUUACUGCAUAUCUUUCUCCCCCGUUCUCUCUCUGUCGCCACCCUCGGCUCACUUUUAUCUUUUUCAUUUUAUCAUUAUUGCACUUUACCAGAAGCUCGCGAAAUUAUACUCAGUUCUCCGAAAUUUGGGUAUGAAAAUCGAUUUUUCUCGCAACAGUUUCAUAUUGAUACAUCACGCGAUUCAUGUACUGUUUGUUGUACAUAUCACUCAAAAGUUUUGAUUGACAUAUUCAAAACGAAAUUCAGGAAAUUAUAUAGAAAACACAUUUAGGCAAAAUAUUUAUAUUUUUCAUUGAUUACAAAUAUGCCGUAUGAAUCAUUUAUGUUUUAUUAAUAUUUCUUCCUGUAACUUUGAAAUUUCUAUUUUUUUUUGUUACAAAAAGUCACUUUUUAUUCAAAAUAUAUGAUAUAACUUAAUAUACAGCUAUAGUCGAUACGCAUUAUAACAGAGGGCUGUAAUUUCGUAAUUUUUACCAAUUUUUUAACAAAAUUUGUUGGAAAAGAAUGUGUUUUAAAAACAUAUUCUUAGGAAACCAUACUUCUUUUAUUCUUAAAAGCUUGUUUUACAAGAAUUACAAAUUCACUUUCUUCUUUCAGUACCUGUAAAAUUGUAUAGCAAUGAAACAUUAAUACAAGCAGAAAAUAUAAACACUGUGUAAAUACUAAGGAAAUCGAUACGGCCUUCUAAUGAUACCGAUACAUUUCAAAAUUAUUAUAGAUGUGUUACAAGAAGUUUUAUUGGAAUUCAUUCGUAACAAAGGAACUGUACAAAGUAGACACUUUAAAUAUAUAAUAACAUGCAAAAAAAAUUCAUUACGUUGAAUAAUGUAUUUCUGAAUUUAUUCAGCGUUACGUGUUUACCCUUGCAUAUAUUAGCAUGUACUUAAUUUCGAGGGUCACAUUAAAUAAUUUAAUUUUUCUAAAUUGAAUUAUGAUUUCAAUUAUAUUUAGUAAAGUGAAGGUUUUUAAACAAUGAAAAAUGCAUUAUAAGUUGAUUUUUCUCAAUAACGUGAAUAAACAUAAAAAAUCUGCAAAGCUUAAUAGAGUCAUAGAUACCUUAAUAUUUAUUGAAAUAGUCCGAUUGCAAAGAUUUUGCUAUUAAUUGAAUGAUUUUGCUCAAUCAACAUCGUGUUAAGUCAGACAUUCAUUACGCACGCAAUAUCAGACAAUUGUUUUAUAUUGUGAAAAAUAUAAUACACUACUUAGUUAUUGUAAUAAAAUGAAUUAACUGUGACAAUAACUACAUUUUUUUAGUAAUCAACAGAAUUAUAUCUAAAGGAAGUAUGUAUUUGGACGUUAUUUAUUUAAUUUGAAAAUAAAAAAGAAGUACAAUGUUCAAUAUUUUUUAUACAACAAUAUUUUAAAUUGGUAACUGCUAAGAAUUCUAUUUUUUUUAUUAAUUUAUUACUAAAAUAAUUUGUUACUACGUUUUAAUUUCUAGUCUUUCAAGUAAUUAGAUAAUUCUGAAACAUGAUUCUAACAAAUCUUGUUCCAACGAAUUCAAAUCUGUUUGAAAUGAUCACACCAUUAUAAAAAUAUCUUGUCGUAUUUAUCUUUUUACAGUAGAAGAAGCUUAUUUCAUUGCUAUAUGUUAAGUUUCAAAUACGUAAAGCUUAUUUUUAUCGCUGAUUGUAAUUUUGUUCGAUCAGUUGUGAUCUUAAACUUUGACCACUUAUCACUUUAAAAUGAAUUAGAAAACAAAUAUUAUGCCAUGGUUUUAUUAAACUCGUAUUUCAAAGCAUAAUUUAUAUUUGUAAAAGAAAUAUCCAAAUAUUGCCGUUUAGUUAAAUAAAUAAAAACUUGUUUCAUGUUUUAUAGGAAUCCGAAUUAACAAAAUUAUAACACGUCGUAGCAAUGAAGAGAAAGAGAAAUGUAAUUAUCCAAAUGCAUUCGUCUGGUACCGUAUAUCAAAGCUUUUGAGCGAUAUUGUAUAUCACUUGUAAUUGUUGUUUGGUUGUGACUAAAGCGAACUUCGCGUAUGAUAAACUCUAUAAGCUGAAAGUGAUGUACUAAUGUGUGACAAUAAGUAAAAUUGUAAUGCAUACGAGCAGUCACACGAGUUUACUGAUAUGGAAAUCGUUUUUCAGUGUCUCGGAUAAAAAAUCAACGCAUAUAUAUCUGAGAGCCCAAAGGAGAACUUACUUAAGUACACACACGUCUAUGAAUUAUAAUAGUUUCCUUGAGCUAAAUUCUAUCUCUGUUAAAAAAAAAUUAUUAUAAAUUGAUGAAUCAGACCCUUAAUGUUUCUGCAGCUGAACUGUUUGCAGCUAAAAAAACAGAGUGUUCCAGUGAUAAUAUUCGAAUAAUUAUUUUGGAUAAUUGUUCAUUUCAAACCUGAUUGUAUCAAAUGCAACUUUAUCCUUCACUGAGUAUUGGCCUGUGUAUUUUGGAACGACUGUUCUAAGAAAUCAGUACACAUAAAUGAGUCCGUUGUCAAAUUCUUAACGAGACUGAUUAAAGGGUGUAAAUUUUCUAUCUCCAAAAGGCAUAGUCCAAAUUUAAUUUUAGCUGCAUAAGUUAAGAAAGUACUUUAAAUUUAUUGAAUACUUAUACCGCUAAUUGCUAAAACGGGUCAGUGCAAUUUCAAUUGCAUUCUCAUCAUCGUCAGAACUAUCGAACUGUCUUCCUUAAGUUAGUGGUUAACGCGAAAAUUUAUCUUCCGCAUUUAACACUUCUUCCUUAAACACUUAUAACGUAAUAUUUUUCAUAACACGAGAAAAAAAUGUGAAUAUUUUAUUUAUUAUAGUACUUUUCAGUUCUACUGCGAUACCUAAAACACAUAUACAAUAAUGAAUUAUGUUGAGAUUCGGUUACACUUUUCUGACACCGGAAAUGACAAACGAAUCGUGUAUAAAGCUUUCUGCCGUUUGUUACUAUUUACAGGAAACAAUAUGUGCGUUAAAUCCUUAGUGUCGGGUACUCUCACUUUUAUUUUCGACUAAUCAUUACACGUAAUAUACUAAGACCAGACUCGUUUUUAAUAAAAAAGAAUGUUAUUUAUAAAUAAAUCAGAUGUCUUUUGAUUUAUCUGAAUUACUAAAGAUUUGAACGCAUAUACGGAACUAAGUACCAUAAGAUAUACGAAUGAAUAUAAAACGAAGAGUGUAUACAUACUUGUGUUAUGUUGCUAUGUAGUAUAUGUUAUGAUGUAUAGGUAAUACACAUAUACAGAAAUAUCUAUAAUACAUAAAUCUAUAUAUAAAUAUACAUAAAUAUAUAUAUAUAUAUAGAAAUAUAUUUUCUAAAUGAAAGAAUUUUAUAAGUGACCAUAUUCUGCGCACGCAUUUACAUAUGUGCAAUCCGCGUGUGUUCACAUAUUGCGAUUGUGUGUAUGUACAAGUACCUUCGAAAGAAAGAGAAUAUUAGAAACAAUAUACACGCAUGUAGAAUAUAACGAAAUACAUACGUACAUGAAGAAUGUCCAGAUUUAAUGUAGUCAAGAAAUACUACUGUACGUAUAUGUAUAUUGUACUCCAAUAAUUUUUGCCAUUGAGGUCGUAAGCCGACCAACUAGAACACUAUCUGUUCAAUUAUGUCUUGAUUUUUGGCGAUGAUGGAAGAAUGUUUUUUUAAAGAAAUGUUGUUUACAUUGAAAAGGGAAACGCGAUAACCGAAUCGUUAAUUUUCUAAAUUGGUAUUAACUGUAUGUAUUUAUUUAGAAAGUGUUAUAAACCGUUAUUUCAAAAGGAUGACUAUUAUUUUAGUUUGUUUACAAAAUAUAUAGAAAAUUAAAAGUAUACUGUACAUUAAUGUACUAUAUUAUCUUAAUACAUCGAUAUUUAUGCACAUUUAAAGAUUCAUAAAACAGAGAAAAACAAUUUAAAAAUUAUGGACAACUACAGUUUUAGAGUUUAAAAACGAAUAAAAUAUUACCCACAUAAAUGUUGUCUAUAUUGUGCUCUUCGCGUGUAAAAAAAUUUGGAAAUAUUAAUUACUUACUAAUGUUCAGUUAGUUGUAAUUUAUUUUGAAGAAAAAUUUGUAUUAUUUACACAAAGAUACGCAAAAAUAAUUUUGUAACAAUAAAAAAUCGGUUUCCCUUUUCACGUUGAAGAACUUUUGCAGAAACAAUUUUAUAAUGUCUAUGCUCCUUGAGAAAAUAACCGAGGUACACAUUUACGUGAAGUAUACCUAUUAUGCAAAAAUAUAGACACAUACGUGCGUAAAGAGACGUUUAUAAAAACAUACGUAUGCAUGCAACUGAACAAUCUACUAAACAAUGAGUCAAAUGCUGGAACUUCCAUGUAUAAUAAAUGGACAUAAAUUAUUGUGGCGUUAGAAGUGUUAAGAACAAUGCUCACUUAAACUACAUGUCGUUAUUAUUAUUAUUUUUUAUUUUUUUCUUAUUAAAAAUUAAGGACAACGUUCGCAUAAUUUUCAGCCUCACUCUAAUUAUUUUAAUAUAAAGAUAUGAGAAGAUUCAUGCCAUAUUUCUCACGAUUUUUAAAUGUCUCUUACCCUUUCCGAAAAUGUAAAGAUCGAAUCUAAUGGCUACACACAUUUACUACUGAUUACAUUUCAUACUCAAAUAUAACAUAUUUAAUAUUUCAUAUUUCGACAGAAACGUAUUCCUAUAUCAUAUAUUAGUUAUUUUUAUCGUAUUAUAUUGCUGUUAUUAUUUUCAAUUAUUAUUAUUACUAUCAUCGUCAUUAUUAUUACUA